ACAAAAGAACCAUUGGAAUGGAAACACAAUUUGUUCCUCUUUCGUUUUUUCCGGCUAUUUCGAAACUAACACCGAAAUAAAAGCAACAAUUCAGUCAGUCUUCGACUAACUCUGCUGCAGAACUAGCUUAAACUGUGCCCAGAACAUCAUGAAGAUUUUUAUUCUUCUCAUUAUUUGUGCAACACUUGCGCUCGCUGUGUCAUCAUUUGAUCAAGAAACCGUGGCUCAGAUCACGCACAACAGCGACGACAAGACGAUUGCAGACAGAACCGGAAAAAAUCCACUACUUCUAGAGUCUCCACGACGUCGUCCAAUUCGUUGCCGCCAAUACAGAAAACAGUCAAUAAAGAAGAGUCUAGAAAAUCAAAACCUGAGAAAACUCGGAAUACGCUUGAUAAAGGUCUCGGGGAAGCAAUUGAGAAUCUUGAAAGCGAGGAAGACGAUCGUUCGUCCUAUCCGUCGUCGUUAUUCCCCGUGGCAUCGUCGUAAACGGCGCCGACAGAGCGCCUUGUGCAAGGAAGACCCAGUUAACACCAUCAAACUUGCCUCCGCGGGUUUGGGUUUGGCAUACUCAUUCAACAGCGUAACCUGUGGUACAAACCAAAAUUGUAAGGUGAUUUUUAGAAAGGGGGGGUCUCCUAUCGAUAUCGGCAAGUGCCAGCCCAACAAGAAGGAAAUAGAUGUCAAGGUGUUUCGUCGUCUUCGUGGUAGUCGGUGUCGCCGUUUCGUUAGGGAGACCAUCAACAUCGCAUGCGCUUGCCAGUGCAUUAGAUUUCCAGUUUAGCUUAGCAGUAUAAAACAGUAAACUACAUAAUAUUCACUAUAUAUUAAAAAUUAAUUUCCAAACAGAUAAGCAAAAUGAAUGUAAUGUGUGUGUGAUGACCAGAGGGAAGGUGAAGUUGAUUCCACAAGUUAGACUGCACGUCACAUAAGCAUGAAACAAUUCUUAAUAUGUAUUGCUAAAUAAGAUUUAGUUAUCAACUAACUAAGAAUUCAACAAAGCAUAAACACAAUGCCAAUUAUUUAAAUUCCUUUGUAGCAUUGUUCUCAAUUCUUAGUUAGUUGAUAGCUAAAUCUUAUUUAGCACUACAUAGUUAAGAAUUGUUUCAUGCUUAUGUGACUUGCACUCUAUGUAGCAUUGAAUAUGAAAUGAUUGAUCUCCUUCGCUGAGCAAGUAAAUGCACAAAAACUACUUCUAAACAAUUUGAGUUUCUUUGUAUUGUAAUGUCUUGCUGAAUAAACUUUUUAUUCUUUAAA